AUAAUAGAGUAAAUUUUAUGGAAUAUUUCAUUUCCCUUAAAUCGCAAUACUAAAGAAAAACCCUAUUUUAUUUAGAAAUAAGUAUUCCGAGUUGCAUACAUUUUAAUGAGAACAAUCAAGCAAAUAGCUAAACAAUGAGCAGUCGUUAUCACGACUACAACAAAGGGUCGUCUCGAUCCACGCGUGAUGAUUCUAGGGCGUACGGCAGCGAGGAACGGUGGGAAGGUCGAGGGAAGAGGAGAUCGCGCUCACGUUCCCGAUCACCUAGAAGGAAGUACUCGCCACCGUCCAGGAGCGGUAGAUAUUCAUCAGAACAAUCCAGAAGCUAUGAGAAAUCACCACAUUACGAAGACAAACAAAGCGUGGAAAGCAAAUAUGAUUGGGAAAACUCUGAUGAGGAAGUGCCAGCUCCGCCACCACCUCCGCGCAUCUCCAAAAUAUCCAUUGGUUUCACUAAACCCAAAGCUCCAAUUAAGAUGAACCUUACCAAACCGACUAAACCAAUUGCUGGGCCUGCGAAGCCGAAAAUAGCAUCUGUGUUCAACGAUGAUGAUGAUGAUGAGGAACCUGAAGAGAUGCCCGCUGAAGCCAGGAUGAGGAUGAGAAAUAUUGGCCGUGAAACACCUACUUCGGCUGGACCAAACUCCUUCGGUAAAACUAAACAGGGCUUCUGUGAUGCCAAGAAAGUGUUUGAGAAGAAUCUAAAGCAAGCACUGGAGACUGCAGAGAAACCGGGUGCUCCGAAGUUCCCACAAACCAUAUACAAAAUCAAGGGUCCUUGAUAGUUCGUUAACAUGUACUGCAGCUUAACUGAAAUGUUUAGGAAAAGAAAUUCCAACUAUUAAAUCUAAUGUAGUAUAUUUUAAUAAUAUUAACUCCACUUUCAAACAUUUGCCAUAUAAAUUAUCUUUGAUAGUUCUUACUCUUGUGUAACAACAUUUGUGCUUUAAUAUUU